UGGCUUUAGCUUCACUCUUACUCAAAAUCAUCCCUCAAUAUUAUAACCAAACUGACUGUGCUCACAAGGUCCCAACUCCAUUAUUUGCUCGACCUGGGAAACUCCAUUAUUUGCUCGACCUGGGAAAAAGAUGAAACCUUUUGGUGGAAACCUAUACUGUUCCUUCAUCACUGUUCUGAUCUGCACUGUUCUGUUCAUAGCUCUGUUCUAUACCGAAAGCUUGAGCUCGUUGUCUUCAUCUUCCUUCAUUAGAAUCCUUUCUUGUCCCAAGAGAAUUGCAGCCUCCAAGCUCAGGCAUAGAACGGCAAAGUUGAAUCCUAGUAGGCCUGAGAUGGAUGAGAGGUUCGAGUUUGACCCAGAAGAAUGCAACACCGUGUCUAGCGGGAAGUGGGUUUACAAUAGCUCCAUCAGGCCUCUAUACACAGAUACAAGCUGCCCGUAUCUUGAUAAGCAAGUCACCUGCAUUAAGAACGGGCGACCUGAUUCAGGCUACCUUCAGUGGGAAUGGCAACCUGAUGACUGUUUCUUGCCCAAAUUUGACCCGAAGAGGUUGCUCGAGAAUCUUAGAGGGAAGCGGCUGAUGUUCGUCGGGGAUUCGAUACAGAGGGGCCAGUGGCGGUCCCUGGUGUGCAUGGUGGAGUCCGUUAUACCUGAAGAUGGCAAGUCCAUGCCAAAGAACCGCUCUCAUUCAAUCUUCAGCGCUAAGGAAUACAAUGCAACUAUCGAGUUCUACUGGGCCCCGUUCCUAGUUGAGUCGAACAGCGACACAUAUAUUGUGCCAGAUCCGACUGAGAGAAUACUCAAGGUGGACUCAGUCUCCACGCAUGCUCCUUACUGGCAAGACGUGGAUUUUCUCGUAUUCAAUUCCUAUAUCUGGUGGAUGGACGGACAUUACAUCAAGUCACUAUGGGGCUCGUUUGCAAAUGGAGAGGACGGCUACGAAGAACUAGAAAGGACUGCUGCUUACAGGAUCUCUCUCAGGACAUGGGCCAAUUGGCUCGACUCCUCAAUCAACCCAAACCGGAGUCGGGUCUUCUUCACGACCAUUUCCCCAACUCACAUGAGAAGUGAAGAUUGGAACCACAUAGGCGGGAUCAAAUGCUACAACGAGACAAAACCGACUAAGAAGCUAAAGAGGCGAAUGCGGUGGGGAGGCAGCAACGCCGGCUAUGGUUACAGGAUGACCGAUGUCCUAUCAAGUGUAGUCAGUAGGAUGAAAAUCAACGUCACGUUCAUUAACAUUACGGAGAUGUCUGAAUACAGGGUGGAUGCCCAUACAUCAGUUUACGGCGAGAGGUCAGAUGAAUUACUGACUGAUGAGCAGAGAGCAGAUCCUCUGCAGUAUGCUGAUUGCAUACACUGGUGCCUGCCCGGGGUCCCCGACACAUGGAACCACAUACUAUACGCGUAUUUAGUAGGCAGUUAACUAAGUUGCGACAAAAGCCACAUCCGUGAGUGUCAUAUUCUUUUAUAAGUCAUUUGUCCAUUUUGUUAUGAUUCAUUCACAUAAAGUUAGCUGCACCCGAUGAUAGAUUCAUAAAAUGUGAUGGUGUAUAUACUAUAUAUGCUCGAUGUCGAGAUAUCUGUCAAAAAAGCCCCUGAUAGAUCGAUUAGGCUCUGCAGAGUGAGGCCCAUAUUAGAAUAUAACUGGAGUCCAGUAACAAACAAAAUGAUGGGCUAAGUAUUGCUUGAGACUGAAUGAGGGAAUGAUUGUCAUAUAUGGAUAUAUGAGAAAAUGGUCUUAGUUUUUGGGUAUCAAA